GUUUGUAUUGGUGCCUCCAACAAGCUCAAGCCAGAACUGUGCACUCACUGAAAAAAAAGGUACAAAACCAACAGCGGUCUUUUCAGCUAGCCUGACACUGCCUAGGUGGUUCUUUGUGCAUCUGCAUCACAGACCUCUUCAGGUUCACCAGCAAACCCAACUUACACGUAAAGGAUCAGUGGCCAUUGAAAAGGCUCAUUAUGGAAGGCACCAGAAGACGCAUUUUGCAGCUAAUGGUGAUGGGCAUUUUGCUGGGUGCGAACGUCUCAGGAUACAGGGCCAUCCAGACCCCUGACUAUGAUGACACCUCCAUGCCUGAGAUCCUGAACCCUUCCUGGAUGGCCACCAUCCCCGACAUCUACUCCCUAUCAGAUGUGACAAUGCCCGGCACACACAACACCAUGGCCCUGUAUGGUGGCUCACUCGCAGAAUGCAACUCCUGGUCCCUUGCCCUCCAGCUGCGCGCUGGAAUCCGCUUUCUGGAUAUCCGUGUUCGGCAUGCUAAAGGCAACUUGACCAUCCACCAUGGCAUCUCAUAUCAGUAUGCUCACUUUGGGGACGUGUUAAUGGAGGUGGUGGCUUUCCUAAGGGAGUUUCCUUCAGAAACCGUGUUGAUGAGGCUGAAAGAGGAGUUGAGCAACACGCAGGAUAUUUACGGUGCAGUGGUGCGCUAUAUUAAUGAGUAUGCACACUGGGACCUGCUGUGGCACAGCCAUGAGAUGCCCAGCAUGGGGGAGGCACGAGGAAAGCUGAUCGUACUGCAAGACUUCACUGGCCCUGACUUGGGAAUACGCUACAACUCACUGGCCAUAGCAGAUGACUGGAAGGUGUCCUCUCUGCAGCUGGAGGAAGUGGAGAAGAAAUGGAGAAGUGUCUCCACUCAUCUGGAGGCGGCUGCGGUUGGUAACAAAAACCGAAUGUUCCUCACCUACAGCAGCGGUGCCAGUAUCCUGGCACAUCCCAAUGCCCUGGCCCGUCUAAUAAACCCCCGCCUGCACGGAUAUCUGACAGGCUAUGUCGGUCAAAGGAAGCGGUUUGGUAUUGUAACAAUGGACUUUCCUGGUUCUAAGUUAGUGCAAACUAUUAUAGGUUUCAAUUAUUGAGAGACAACAUCAGGAUGUCAGGACAAAUACACCUGGAACUCACUAAAAUACUUCAUUAAAUUGACACAAAUCCCAGGUAUAACUCUGACUCAAAUUACCCAUACUCUUGAAAUCUCCAUAACCGUGACAGAAUUUUGGAAUAUCUGACUUAAUAAAGCACUUUGAAAAAUUUCUGUCAUAACACCAUGUCAUGACAAAAUUUUAAAUAAAAUGCUCUCCUGCCA